GACCAGGCCAGAGUACCUUCCUCCGGUAGUACCAUAAAAUCAUCCGAGUUCGUCUUCCCGGCCCGGUUAAUCCGCCAUCCUGGGGACGCAACCUUCAUGCCCCGCCUUCUCCGCGCGCACCACCCAAAAAUUACCCCACCCCAACAACCCACAACGCCCGAUCUCCGCGUUCCUCUUCCUCCCCAGCCUCCCGGUUGAUCCCACGCGCCAUGAGCGAGGCACCCGCGAUCACCGUCGGAGAAGACCCGCCGCCGGAGACCCCGACCGCCACGGAUCAGCAGCAGCAGCGGCGGCGGGAGCAGGCGCCGCCGCCGCAGUCGUCGCUGGAGGAGGAGGACGCGGACCAGCUGUCGGAGCUUCGGCAGAUCUUCCGGUCCUUCGACCGCAACAAGGACGGCAGCCUGACGCAGCUGGAGCUGGGCUCCCUCCUCCGCUCGCUCGGCCUCAAGCCCAGCGCCGACGAGCUCGACGCCCUCAUCCAGCGCGCCGACCUCAACUCCAACGGCCUCGUCGAGUUCUCCGAGUUCGUCGCCCUCGUCGCGCCCGAGCUCCUCGACGACCGCUCCCGUUACUCCGAGGACCAGCUCCGCAGGCUCUUCGAGAUCUUCGACCGCGACGGCAACGGCUUCAUCACCGCCGCCGAGCUCGCGCACUCCAUGGCCAGGCUCGGCCACGCGCUCACCGCUAAGGAACUCACCGGGAUGAUCGAGGAGGCCGACACCGACGGCGACGGCCGGAUCGACUUCCACGAGUUCUCCCGCGCCAUCACCGCCGCCGCCUUCGACAACGUCUUCUCCUGAGCCGACCCCCUGUGGAUUCGGUCCAAUGCAUCAUCGAUCGGCUACUCGGUUUGUCGAUCUGUAAGCGGUACAUGAUGAUUUCCAUGCUUGUCGAUCGAUCGUGUCCUUCUCUCAGUAAUCAGAUGAUAUUUAGGAUGCCCUGCAGGUGUGUUGUUCAGAUGAGCCAUCCUUGUCUUCUGAAUGACAAACAGAUUACAUGGCAACGGCAAUGGCAAGCUUUAGUCUAGGCAGGAAUUAUCCAUGCAAUGCAUGAUCGAUCAUUGUGUUUGUUGAUUAUUGUUUUUCAUGUCCAUCAGUGUUUGCUUCUUCAUUGGCAUUGCAUGCUUAAUUCGACGCUGUCAGGGAACGAUCCAUGUUGCCCAAUCCCCACACAGGAACAAAGAUCAAGAGUCAUCAACAUAAUUGGGGGAAUCGUUGACCAUUAAUAUGUUUUUUUGUUCGUUAACUUGUUUUCUCCGUUCAUGUUGUCCAAGGACGAAGAGACGAUCGAUCGUCCUGACGUGCAGCGCAUCCAUGACAAAGGAUACCAUUUUCGUGUUGCCGUCUACCUUGUCGUAACAGAUAAAUUAAGUGCAUGGCCGGCAACCAUUCCUUAAUUGCAGAUUUUGUUUUAAGCUGCUGGAGUAUUCCUGUGCUCAACAAAUGUUGCAUUGUUACCUUUCACUAAUUCUGCCUGAGGGUAUA